AUGGAUACAAUUUGUUUUGAUUGUGUUCACAAUACCGUCACAUCAUUAGCUUUUGUCACACUUACUGUUAGACAUUAUCAACAAGAAAAAUAUUUUUAUAUAGACAUCUGCCCCUUGAUAUUUCUUUCUCUCAGUCGUAAAGAUAUUAUUAAAGAACAAACGCUUUAUGUUUACUAUUGUGAUGGAAGUUAUUGUCAUCGAUCAAAAAUUGGUAUUUGUGGUUAUGCUGGUCAAACUUUUCGACCAUGUACAAAAAAGUAUAAGUAUUUUUCUAACAGUACUGCCUGUGAAGUACAAGCCGUUACACUUUUAUUAAACAAUUCAAAAGUUGAACAAUUAAUAACAGCGCCACUUCCGAAACGGCAUGAUAAAUAUAUUUAUCCCGCAUUUUUCAGAGAGUUGAAACAAUGUAAGUGUCAAAUUAAUGUUAAACAUGUUCGUGGACAUAUGAGACGUAAUGAACAAUGUACGUCUAUAGAAUACGAGUUUGCAUGUGUUGAUAAAUUAACUCGAAAAACAUUAAGAAAACAUGUUCGAUGGUAUAAAUGGCAUCAAAAUACUGAAAAGGCUAGAUUGCAAUUACGCUACGCACAAAUUGCGAUGUGGACAGACUGCAUCUCUACUGUCAGGCAUAGCGGGAGAUUUGGUAGUAUAUGA